AUGACCGCGAGGUCAAACUCUACUUUCCCAAGCCUAUCAGCUCCUCGAGCCGUGGCUCGACCAUUCCACGCUCUGUCCGAGAAGAAAUUCCUUCACAAUCGCCCCGAAGACGACGUCUACAAGCUCUUGAUCGACUGCUACCGCUUUCGAGUCGAGGAUGACUACAAGUUCGCUGGAGAGGUGGAGGAGGACUGUAUCUACGCGGGAGCUCCCAACAGCUACGAGCCUUUCAAACGCUUCUUGCGCAAAGCCGAACAACGAGACGGCCUGCUACCCACUUGGUGGUCGUCAGAGAAGGCAAAGGCCUGUCUCGAAUACGGCAAGAAACAAAAACACUGGAGCGAUCUGGGCUGUGCCAUUGAGAAGCAUGAUGUUACGGAACACUACGAAGACAACUUGAUGCCGAUGAAGUUGAGGAUGCUUGGCGAGCAGAUCUUGGGGACAGGUCCAGGUGGUCAGAGUGGUGCCGCCAUGAUGCAGCUUCAGAUGGCGACGGAGCGAGGAUCCAUGUUAUCGAGCAAUCUCGACAUCAGCCAAAUGGUCCGCUAG